CGCCUCACUGCCAUCCAAUUCACCUCGGGGAUUCCCUUCUCAUUUAUCAAUUACCCUGGGUAAUCCUUUUACCUGUUCGGAGUCACUCGCGCCCCCACACUAUAACUACCCCCCUAAUCGCGCAUCUCCGAACAUCCUAAAUUCAUCCCCAACCACUUCGCUCCUCCGACAUCCCUUGACCAUCAACUAACACCACAACAACACUCAUCAAUCGCACCACUCAAUCCCACCAUCAUCUACCUCUCACCCACCGCACCACCCACCACAAUGGAAGAAGCCCGCCAACCCUCGACAACCUCCAACCCCCCCAGCGUCGAAAACGCCUACAAACGCAAAUGCCUGGCCCUAAAGAAGCGCCUCAACGAAAUCGAAGAAGAAAAUGAAUUGAUGCGUCUCCGUAACCGUCGCGGCUGGCAAUACAUCCAGAAGAUGCGCCUCGAGUCAUGCAUUCUUCUCGAACGACUGGCCAAGGUCACCGGCAUGACGGAGGAAGCGCAGGCCGGCGUGAACCCGGAACUGCGCGCCCGGGCAUCAGCCAUGAUGACGAAUGUCACAGCCGUGACGGGCGGAGAGACAGGGAAGAAUGGUGCUGCCGGUGCGCCGCAGUUCCUGGAGGACGAGACGGAGGGGAGUUCCGAUGAGCAACCGCCUACUCCCCAGGAAAGGCCUCUGCGCGUGAAGCGAUCCAGGAAAUCCAACUUGCCCAAUGAUGCUAAUUUGGAGGAUGAGGCUGCGAACAAUGAGAACAACAAUGAAAGCAACAGCAAAGAUAUUGAGAAGGAGAAAGACGCCAAGGAUAAAGAUGCGACGGAAUCUGGCGCCGCAGCUGCUGAUGGUGAUAACGGUAAUGGAGAUUCGUCGUCCUCGUUGCCGCGACUAGCCCCCGCCCCGUCGCAGGAUGAUAUGACUUCGUCAUUCCGCGUUCAACCGGGUAGUAACGGGUCCGCGAAUGAUAAGGAGGGUGCUACUAGUGAUCGCGGGAGCCAUAACCCUGAAUCUGCGGAGCAGAGGGGUGAUGGUGGUGUGGAGGAUGAGACGACGCCGAUGGAUAUGGAUGCCAAGGAAGAGGAGGAGGAGGAAGCUAAGGAGGAGAGGGAGGGGUGAUUAUCAAACUUAUACCAUAACCAUACCCUAGACUUUUCUUUUCUUUCUUUUUACUUUAUUACUCUAUUUUCUUUUUGUGUUAUUGUGAUAAUGGGUGUUAUUCAUCGUCGGGUGAUACUUCAUUUCGUCUCAGGGGUUUGGGACAUCUUUCAUCCCCCUCUUUACUCUUCUUAUGUGUUCUAUAGUAUACGAUGGGCAAAAAGC